CUCCUCUUCGUCCCGUAGAGCAGCUGGAGCGAAUAGAGGAGGGUCUGGAUCAGAUCAACUCUGACAUGAAGGAGGCGGAGAAAAACCUGACAGACCUGGGGAAGUGCUGCGGCCUCUGCACCUGUGAGAAGUUGAAGGCCUUCGAGGACAGCGGGGCCUACAAGGCGGUUUGGGGCGGAGCCUCCAGUCGGGACGGGGUCGUGUCCAAUCAGCCGCCGUCGUCUCGAGUCGUCGACGAGCGAGAGCAGAUGGUCAUGAGCGGAGGAUACAUCCGCAGGCUGACGAACGACGCCCGGGAGGACGAGAUGGAGGAGAACCUGGCCCACGUCGGCAGCAUCGUGGGCAAUCUGAAAAGCAUGGCUCUGGACAUCGGCAACGAGCUGGAGUCGCAGAACGAUCAGAUCGAUCGCAUCCAGGAGAAGGCGAACCUGAACGUGUCCCGCAUCAACGCUGCCAACCAGAAGGCCAACAGCCUGAUGAAACGAUAGGCGGGCCCUGCAGAACCUGCAGCUGAGAGCCUCUGACUUCCUGUUCUGUGUUGUUGUUGUUGUUGAGCUCAUUCAGGAUUAUUUCUCACGUGGAGCCGUAGUUUAGUUGCAUCCCUGUGGUUUUAACGUCACCAAGCAAAGAGUUCAGGUCUGCAAAUGUUUUUUUUUUCAUGUAAGUAGGUCACUGCAGCAGAACCAGCCACCACACAAUCAGACUAAUGGAAAAACUCAAAACAGUGAGCGUGAGGACAUUCACGCACAACCAGUGGUUUCUUUGGGUUUGGGUGCAUUUUAAGCCAAAAAAAUGUUUAUUUUUUAAGAAUAACUUUCUCAGUAUAUGUUCAAAAAACUAACCUCCCACCACCAGUCCACUCUUAAAAUGUCUGAAUUUGUUUGAACCUGUGUGUCAGCGCGCCCUCCUGAGGCCACACCAGGUAUCGCACGCAGGAAAUAAACACGCUUUUUCUCCUCAGAGGAAGCUCUCUAGCGACACCAAGUGGACAAACGUGAAACUGCAGCUUCCUGGUGUCUCCAUCUUCUCUCCUCCUCCUCCUGUAGCCUGAAAUGGUGGAGAAACAACGCGAUGGAUUCAUGUUCAUCAGUCAUAAAAAAAAAACAUUAAGAUUUAUUAAAGAAAAGCCAAAACAUACAUAAUUAUUAGCUUGUUGUGGAUUAUAUGAAGCAUAAUUGUGUUUUUGCACUUUUUAUGAAAACUAAUUUGUUUUAUUCAGCUACCAGUUUUUGUUUCUCACAGUCUUGAGGUUUAUUUAUAAGGACAAAUAUAAUAUAAGGACAAAGCACUAAUAGGAGUGUACCUUUUGUGGUUUUAUGAAACUAUUAAUUAAAAUGUUUGUGCAAACA